ACGAGAAUUUCAUUUGAAUGAUAAGACGCAGCAUUAUGUUAUCGUAAUAUAGAACAUUUUAAUUCGAUAAUGAAAAUCAUCAAUAUAUCAAAAUAUAAAAUGAAUUUUUAUUUAUUGUAUUUAUACCGAGUAUGUACUUGUUUAUGAUAAAUUACUUUAUUGUAAUGUUCAAUAUACAAAAAGUUAAAAUUUUGUAAAUCCUUUCUUCACACAAAAUGUGUACUUACAUUGUUUUCAAAUUCACGUGAAAAAUGAAGAGUUCAAGAUUGAUUAGCUAUGUGGAUUUUUAUCGUACAAUUAUAUAUAGUUGAAGUGAUAAUGUAGAAAUAUAAAACAAAUUUCAUUCUGUUUGCCUCACAUUUCAUUACUGGAACGAAGAAAUAGCGCAGUGUUGUACGUUAACGAAUAAUUCAAGAUAAUUUAUUGUAACUAUUUAAAAAUGCUAGAUACAAGAUGGGCCAUCAUUUUCCUAUUCUCUUACGUUUGCAUUGCACAGGGGGAUGAAGAGUGUCCCACAAUCAUUAAACGAAACCAAUGGAGUACUAAAGAAGCGAAGAGUGUAAAUUAUUUAAUUCUUCCUAUUCCUUAUGUUAUAAUUCAUCAUACAGUUACUCCUGAAUGUUCUUCAAAAAUGCAAUGUAAUACUAGGGUUGAAAACAUUCGUUAUCAUCAUAUGGACACUUUGGGUUGGCAUGAUAUAGGAUUUUCAUUCUUAAUUGGGGGUGAUGGAAACAUAUAUGAAGGUUGUGGCUGGAAUCGUGAAGGAGCUCAUGCAAUUGGGUACAAUAAAAAAUCUGUUGGAAUUGCUUUCAUAGGAAAUUUUCAAGAAAAACUUGCAAGCGACAACAUGAUUAAUGCUGCACAUAAACUUAUUGUUUGUGGAAAAUCACAAGGAAUACUUAGAGAUGAUGUUCGUGUAGUUGGUGCUAGACAAGUUACAAACACUGCAAGUCCAGGAAUUGAACUGUAUGGACAAAUUCAAAACUGGCCUGAAUGGGUUUCAAAACCUUAACUUGUCAUUUAUGUUUAGUCCAUUUAUGCAUUUUUUAAUAAAAUAAUUGAAUAUAAA